AUGAAGAACUCACAGAGAGACGAGGAGACGCAGGUUGUGAGAGGCUCCUUCCCCUCAGCCGAGGCCGGUGAUGAAAACCCCAAACUACCCCUGCCACUUUCCAUCAAUCUCCCAUCGCCCUUGAACCUCAAGCCCCGGCCAAGAAACCCCUUUCUCUUGUGGGCCCCACCGUCUCCGACCAGCCCGUCCACGGAGCCGCGGGGGCUGUCGCCGCCGCCGUCAAACGGCUCCCUGAAGAGCCGGAAGGAGGAGAACCUUGGCCGGACCACGCUGUACACGUACGGUCCGUCGAGAACCGUGGUGGGCGAGGGCAUCUUGGUAAUUCUCCCGCCGCCGGAGUCAGCGAGGAGCAUUAGCCGGCAAGGAGGGGGCUCCGGGAGCUUGGCGGGUCCGGAUCCGGGUUCGGGUACAGUUAUGAUGUCGGUGCAGGGUCGGGGCUUCCCGGGCUGCUCCUCCCACUUGAACGGCACCGAAGCCUGGGUCUCGAGCGGCGGCGGCUGGUGGUGGUGGUCCGGCGAAUGCGUGGCGGCGGAGGAUAGGGGUAGAAAUGGAAAUCUGAGCUUCGGGAAGGUGUAUGCAAGAAAAAUGUGGGCCGGCCGGUGGGAGGACAUAUCAUUGUUGCUUGCACAUGAGAAUGAAUUGAGCCAUAAUAUUCAUACUUCUCCCUUCUCUUCUGCAGGAACCUGGCUAAAUCAAGUGGUUAACACCGGUGGGGGACUCCACCGGGCUGUGGGAGGCAGUUCUGGGCGGCGCUGCUCAACUUCCCGGCUAACAUCAGGAUCUCCUUGGGCUUGUCCGUCGGGAAGUCGUCGAAGACCACAACCUUACCGUCGUAGAAAAUGA